UAGGCAUUUUUACUGACUGGAGUCAUGUUGUUUAAAGGAGUUUGCUGUAGUAGACACGGUUAUGCUGACAAUAUUUUUCUAGUUUAAAGACAGUUUGUUUGAGCUUAGAAGUUUCUGAACUGUAAACAAAAUGCUAGGAGAUGCAUCAGAGAAAGGAAUUCCAUCCUAUGUUGUGCGAGUGAAUAAAGUUCUGUGCCUUUUUCCCUAGGAAAGGAAGGGAAAGUCCGGCUGACAGAAAGCAGGCCUGAGGGAGCCCAGAACCCAUGGGAAGUGCAGGCAAAGACCAGGCAGGACACAAGUCUGUUCAGAACGUUGCAUCGGCAGGUGUGGAAUUGUGCAAGCUAAAGAGCAGAAGCUACAGCCGGAGCUUUAGUCCCAUUGGCCAUAUGAUUACCACAAGAAGGCUACCUUCGGAUAAACCUGUCCACAUUUCCCUGAGCCUAGAUGACCUUACAGAGCUGAAUAUCCCUGAUGAUUUUAUUCCAAAUGUUUACCUCCAGCUUGAUCAGCACCUACAGCCUCUGCAGCCAUGCCUCAACUCCAAGGAGUCUAUAUUGGUGUUUCAGCAGCACUGCAGGAUAGCUGAGGAGUACCACAAAGUGCGGAAAGAAAUCGCACUGCUACAAGAACGAAAAAAACAGCUGAUUGCAGAACUUGAUCAAGAUGAAAAGGAUCAACUGAAUGCUACACACCUAACACAGGAAUACCAGCAGCUCUCUGAAGAGAACCACUCUCUGACUUCCUACCAUUUACAGUGUAGAGAACAUCUAGAGAAACUUCAGGUGCUAUUACAGCAGCAACAGGGAUCGUCUUGACUCCAGGCAGGCGGUGCUAUAUUUAUGACAAGCAAAAUGCUGGAAUAGCUACAGAAUCAUUUUUGCAGAUUCACAAAAUCAAUUGGAAGAGUUUGCAAUAAGGAGAACAGAAGCUAUUUUGGUAGUUCAGUGUUUUACUGGAAGCUGAUUUGCAGCAUUGCUGUAGUUUUCCCAGAUGAGCUUUUCUUUUUAUUUGUACACAAUAUGUAGCAACAUUUCAAUUUGCUGGCAUCAAAGAAUACAAUAUGGAAAGGGGUUAAGAACUCCAGAAGUCAUAAAUAUGCAAAUACUAAAUGCAUCAAUGUUCUUGAUUGAAACAAAUUGAAAACAUGAAAAAUAUUUUUUAAACAAAAACAUUUGUAUAAUGAUCAAAUAAAUGCUGAUAAAGAAUCAUAUAUAUCAUAACAGAAUAUUCUGUACUUAUAUUUGUUUAAAAUUCAAAUUUAAUUUAAAAGUUUAAUUUAAACAUUUCAAAAGUGCAACUUCUUUUUAAAUCAACUGUGCAUGUGAAAGGUGUUUGAUUGAGAUUUCAAAAAUAAUUUUUGAAACCCAUGGAGAUUUUCUGAAAUACUUCUAUUUUCAUUUUUAGUCCUUUGCAAAUUGAAAAACUGCACUCACAGAAUAGGUUACUCAUGCAGGACUUUUAUAUAUGAUAUGCAUCAUAUGUUUCGAAAUUUACUCUUUCAGUCAACUAAGAAUACAGGCAGUGCAAAUGGGCAAUUUAUUAAAGUUAUAAUCUUGUAACAUUUUUAUACAUAUGUGGUUAAAUAGUUUUUCGUUUUAAUUCUUUGAGAAUACUUGGAGCAAUUCUAUACCAUGUUUUACAAGGUGUAAUCACAUUUAGCAUUUUAUCUAUAGAAGCAAUGAUACCUGGAGUAGUUUCAUUAUUUUCUAUAGUUUACUAAAUCUUCUUUCAGUGCAUGGAACUCCUCGCUUUCAAUUGUUAUGAGAUGGAAAGAAUAUAAUGUGAAACCUGCAUAGGAUGUUAAGUACUCAAAGAAUUUAACAAGAGAUUCAAAAAUGGUCUCCACUGUAUUAUUUGACAUAGUUGUACAGAUACCUAUAAUUUCAAUAAAACUUGGGUGACAUGA